AUGACAUUGACGACGGAGGAGGAAAAGGAGCCGCUCAGCCCGAUGGCGCGUGUAUUCCAGUCGCGAGGCAUAGACUACUGCGCCGUGACCAUGAUAGGGUUCAAAACCAAGAUUAAAUCCGACGUCGUUCUUGAUGCCUUGAGGCAUAACGUCUCCAAGCACCCUCGUUUCUCCACCAAACUGUCUAAUAGUGGUGCAAAAUGGAUCGAAGCUCAAGUCAAUAUAGAAGACCACGUAGUUGUACCAUACAUAGACCAAGAAGAGAUAGGUGAAGAUGGACAAGGCUUCGUCGAUGACUAUAUCUCACGUCUCACGAUGCGUCCUCUUGAUAGGUCAAGACCCUUGUGGGACAUUCACAUCCUUAACGUCAAAACCUCAGAUGCUGAAGCAGUCGCUGUAGUCAGAACUCAUCAUACGUUGGGAGAUGCAACAUCUAUGGUUUCCCUCUUGCUCGCAUGUACCAACAAGACAUCAGAUCCCAGCACGGUUUCAACCACUAUUCGUUCCUUGAAACGGCGUAAAAGAGACAAAAACAAAGACAGCUUCCUAAGGUCGAUAUUAUUCACCAUCGGUUCUACAGUGAGACUGGUUUGGUAUACAAUCGUAGAUGUUUUGCUGCUUUUCGCCACUAUGUUGUUUUUGAAGGAUACAAAAACACCUAUAAAAGGCGGUGCGGAUGUUGGGAGUAAUCCAAAGAGAUUUUAUCAUACAAUAUUCUCUUUGGAUGACAUUAAACUUAUAAAGAACGCUAUGGAUAUGACUAUCAACGAUGUUCUGGUCGGAAUUACACAAGCCUCUCUUUCUAGCUAUUUGAACCAACAAUAUGACAAACUAAACAAGAAGAAUGGUGGAAGAGUGACAUCGUAUCCGAAUAAUCUUCCAGGUGGAAUACGAUUUCGUGCAGGUUGUACUGUGAAUCUAAGGUCAGAAAUCGGGUUCAAGCCUUUGGCAGAUAUGAUGGCGAAGAAUUCAAAAUGCAGAUGGGGAAACUACUUUAGUUUUAUCAUUUUGCCCUUCUCCAUCGGUUUACAAACCGAUCCAUUGGUUUAUCUUAAAAUAUCAAAAUCAACGAUGGAUCGAAAGAAGCACUCUUAUCACGCCGCUCUAGCGUAUUUGUUGAUACAAAUCGGCCAAAAAGUCGUAGGAUCUAAGAUCGUAGCGACAUUCUUCAAUCGAACCGUGAUGAACACAACGACAUGCAUUUCAAACGUCAUUGGCCCCACGGAAGAAAUCAGUUUUCGUGGCCAUCCUAUCGCUUACAUUGCUCCAAGCGGCUACGGACAUUCACAAGCAUUGUUGGUACAUUUCCUAAGUUACGCGGGGAAGAUGAUAAUCUCGUUAGCGGUUGAUCCUACUGUCAUACCAGAUCCUCACAAGAUAUGUGAUGAAAUGGAAGAGUCCUUGAAAGCCAUGAAAGCUGCUCUUUCGGAAAGAGGGUUACUAUAA